CGAUUGAAGCUUUUAUUCUUUCGCUGGUUCGCAUAUUCACAUCCCACGGUUGGAGUCUACAGUACCACCAAAGCAAUCAAACUAGACUCGCGUUUAAGGUCUUGAAUCAUAUCUGUCACACGCACAGCAUCGCUCAGACCACAUUUCAGACAACCCAGUUGCUGAAACCAUCACUGAUUCCAUUUGCAAGUUUUGCUGCACAUUUGGUAAUCAACCCACGGAUCUGAUUGCUAGAAAAAAAAAUCGACAUACUCCACGUGUCAAGUUAUUUCGGUCUAAACUCGGGUCUGAAAUUUUUGAACCUGAAUGUGGAAUCCCCCCUCAAACCUGAUUAUCAUCUCUGGUUAUUGUCUUAUCCAACCGUUUUCUCAGUUUCUGGCCGCUUUAAUUUCCCAUGGUUUGGAGCCAACUUGAUGUCGACCAGGCGCAUAUUGCGUACGCGGUCAUUGGCGUGUUCACCACGCUCUUCUCACUCUGCUCACUCUUUGUGAAAGAAAAACUCUACAUCGGUGAGGCCACGAUUGCCGCCAUCUGCGGCUUGAUCGUCGGUCCGCACUGCCUCAACUGGCUUGACCCCGCCACCUGGGGCAAUUCAGAUUACAUCACGCUCGAGAUCUCGCGGAUCGUCUUGGUGGUGCAGAUUUUCGCCGUUGCCGUCGAAUUGCCCAAGAAGUACAUGCUCAAGCACUGGCUCUCGGUGUUUCUCUUGCUUGUGCCCGUCAUGACCGUUGGGUGGUUGAUGGUGGGCUUGUUCAUCUGGAUCCUUAUUCCCGGCAUGAACUUCUCCCACUCGCUCUUGGUCUCCGCCUGCGUCACCGCUACCGAUCCUGUCUUGGCCGCGGCCGUUGUGGGUAAGGGCAAAUUCGCCCGUAGGGUGCCAGGCCACUUGCGUAACAUCCUUUCCGCAGAGUCCGGAUGUAACGAUGGGAUGGCGUUUCCGUUCAUCUUCCUCUCGUUAUUCUUGAUUGUACAUGAGGGAAACGCCGGUGAAAUCAUCAAGGACUGGGUCUGUCUCACCAUCUUGUACGAGUGCAUCUUUGGGUGCGUUCUUGGUGCGAUUCUCGGCUACUGUGGCCGCCACGCGAUCAAGUUUGCGGAGCGCAAGGAGUUGAUCGACCGCGAGUCGUUCCUCGCGUUCUACAUCGUAAUGGCGGUUCUCUGUGCCGGGUUUGGCUCCAUCCUUGGAGUCGAUGAUUUGCUUGUAUCCUUUGCGGCCGGCGCUGCGUUCGCGUGGGAUGGCUGGUUUGCCCGCAAGACGGAGGAGUCGCAAGUCUCCACCGUCAUCGAUUUGUUGCUCAACUUGACGUACUUUGUCUACUUCGGUGCCAUUAUUCCGUGGGAACAGUACAACAACCCUGUGCUCGGGCUCGACGUGUGGCGUCUUGUGAUCCUUGCGUUUGUCAUCAUCUUCUUGAGACGCAUUCCUGCAGUCAUGGCGUUAAAACCAUUCAUCCCCGACAUCAAGACCUGGCGAGAGGCGUUGUUCUGUGGCCACUUUGGUCCGGUGGGGGUGGGGGCUGUUUUUGCCGCCAUUCUCAGCCGAAAGGAGCUCGAGCACUAUGCGGGCUACCACGACGUCCCGUUGGCUGUGCUCCCGGCUCCCGGUCAGGAGUACUACCAGCUCAUCCAGGUGAUUUGGCCGAUUGUCACCUUUGUGAUCAUCACCUCUAUCGUUGUCCACGGCUCGUCCGUCGCGGUGCUCACCUUGGGGCGCCACUUGAACACGAUGGUCAUCACCAUGUCGUUCACCAAGACGGGCGACGCAGAGGGCAGCUCCCAGAGCUGGUUGGCCAGAUUGCCAAAGAUAGACACCACUGGCAUGCCUUUCUCGUUGCAACGUGUGGAUACAAACAUGACCAAGGUUGACGGUGUGCCUUUGCUGCAUACUAAUACCGUAGAGACCAGCGGGGUGCCUGUGAAGCCGGCUGGCGGGAUGGCCAGAAAGAAGCGCUCCAAGAAAAAGGUGACCAAGAAAAAGCAUCGUGAGGCAAAGGAGGCCGAGGUGAUUGAUUUGGGCGCCAAACACAGAGCGCCUGAGGCCGAAGAUGGGCCUCUCGAGAAGACUGGGUCCUCCAACUCUGAAACGCUAGGCCAGACGCCAGUGGACGAGCUCACAGAGGAAGCCUUGGAAGUGGACUCCGAUGGGCACGUGAGAAAGCCAACCACCGUGUACCAGGAAGGGUCUACGGUGCUCAUUGAAGACCAGCACGGUGAGAUCUUGGAGACCCUCAAAGUGUCCCAGUCGCGCGAAACCGCCGACGAAGAGCGCUCCCGCAACCGUCGCAAACGUGCCGGCACUAUUGGGUCUGGCUUGUCUCCAACCGCCUCGGCCAACUCCGAGAGCCAAUCCGUUGGUGACGUCUCUGUCCACAGUUUCUCGUCAUUGAGAAGACGCAUUUCGCAGUUCUCGGAGGUGUCCGAGUCCUCAAGCUCCCUGCUCAAGUACAACUCCCGUGCCAAGCAUAAAACGUCCAAGGUUCUCAUUAACAAGGGUACUAAAAAGAAGGUGUAUGCGUUCAAGCUAGACAAUAACAUCAUCAUUGAGAACGAGGAGGGAGAGAUUGUGAGAAGAUACAAGAUCAACCCGCAUGCCGAUGUUCCGCCAGGUGAUAACGUUCCUGUUGGCAGAAAUCGAUCGUCGUCUAUAGUGAACAGAGCGUUGUCGAUGGUUGGGUUGAAACAGAUCGACCCUCAGGCUCCGACUCCGGUGGUGCCAUUGGUGACCAAACCAGACACCGAAAAGGCCCAGGCCACAAAUGGUUUCUUCAUCCCAGGUGACGAUGAACGCUCCGACGCCUCUUCGGUUCCGUCCCAGCGGUUGGAGGAUAAGUUAGUGGGUUUAUUGAGUCUGGAAGAAAAGACCAAGUUGGCCGGUGCCCAGCUCCAGCAGCAGCAACCACCGAUGGUUGAGAUUUUGGAGGAAGACUCGUCGCUGGAGAGCGAUGAGGAUGAGGAGGAUGAGGAGACUGCGGUGGAGAGAGCCAGACGGUUGACUGCCUUGGGCGAAUACUCUGCGCCCAGAGAUGACGAUGACGAGGAGGAGUUGGUACCUACCAGUACCAUCAGGGGCUCUUCCCCUAGAAGACGGAGUAAGAAAUAAGAUUGUUUGGUUAUUGUGUUUCAAAACAACUGUUCCGAGUUCUCUCAUCCCCGUUAUGUGUCUUUCUAUAUUUAACAUCUAUCCCAAAAAAAAUGUCCCCUCGUACCUCUUAUCUCUAUAUUUAAUACCCAUAGGAUUACAAAAUCGA